GCGGACGGGAGACGGCAGGGGAGCGUCGAGAGGAGAGAGCGUCGAGAGGCGUAGAGAGCGAGGAGGCAGAGAGAGUGUGUGUGUGUGCGCGCGCACAACAGCGGCGAGAGGCGAUGAUGAUACAAGACCAGCCGGCGAAGUCGUGCCUUGUCUUGGUGUCCCAAUGGAUACCCAACUCGACUCGCCUCAGCUGCGUUGCGUUGCUUCGCUCUGCUUGCUUGCUUGCUUGCUGCUCAAGCCAACCUAUCCACCGCUGCUCGCUAAGACGGACGGAUGCACUCCUCCGGGUGGUACCAGCUCGGUGCACCACCGAACCGACCAGAAUCAGGUGCGGAUGCAAAGAUAUGCAGCUACAACUGCAGAUGCACGGCAGAGCCACUGCCAGGCUUGCGCUGGUGCCAGCAGACCAGCGUCAACUGCAGCCAAAGCAAAUCAGCGCCCAGCGAACGCCUAAAGGUGCGGGCCUGGCACUCUGGGGAAAGCGUCGAGCCUACUCACAGCCUCGAGAUAGCCGACUGGGGGGGCCUUUUGCGUUUCCGACCCCUGUGGCCGUUGCUGGAUAUGCCGGUAGUGGUGGUUGUGCUAGUAGCCUUUAGUGAGCGCUUGUUAUGCCGUGUCGUGCUGGGCUAGCUGCCUAUGCUCGUAUGUAGGAAGGCGUCGCAAUAAGUACUUCCGGAAGCUGGCCCUCCCUUGGAGAUAAGGGCCAGAAUGCUUGUUAUGGAUCUCAGACGGUCAAGAAUACCGGGGCAGAACCGAGGCAGGACGUGGAAAAAUUAAUUCCCAAGCAGGAAUAGCAGGUCAUGUAUGUUUUCGACGGAAAAGAUUAUUGCCUGGACUUUGGCCGGGGUAACACUGCGAUGUUCAAUACGUGUCAGCGGUGGAGAAAGUUGAGUCGCAGUGGGCGCGCGCAAGGUUUUUGUUCUUUUUCUUGGCUUUCCGUUACAGACGAAAUUUGUUCAAGAGAAAUUAUGUUCAAGAGGGGAGAGGAUAAACACAGCGUCGAGAUCAUGUACAAUACAUAUAAUUAGGCAUGUUAUAGACAGUUACAACGACCA